CUCACAUGGGUUGCAAUCUGGUCGGAUUACAAAAAGGUUCUGCCGAUCUUGCAGUUCAGAGAUGAACAGCGUUGAAAGGUGAUGGGUUUGACAGCAUGCUCGAACUUUGCGUGGUGGUUCACCCAGAGUUGUUGUGACUCCAAAUGUGAAAGAUAACUUUUACAGUGCUGCAUGGCUCCGCCACAAGAGCAAGGGAAGCCAGGAUGGCUGAAGCUUGCUACUGCUUGCUACUACUGUCUGGCGAGCAUGACAGUGCAGUUUAUGAAUAAGGCGCUCUUCACGCUCUAUGGCUUCAACUAUCCCCUGACAGUGGCAUUCCUGCAAAUGGCAGUCAUUGCUCCUGUCUGCUAUGCUGUGGCCCGCCCAAAGCUGGAAUGGGGCAUUGCUCGGGGCACACUACCUUUGGCAAUGGUGAACGUCCUGAACGUGGUCAGCGGGCUUAUAGGCACGGGUGGGCUCAACGUUCCCAUGUUUAUAGCUUUGCGGCGCUUCACACUCUUCUGUACCAUUAUCUUGGAGCGCUUCAUGAUGCAGAAAAAGCACGAUAGAUCUACGCUCGGAGCGGUAGCCAUCAUGAUUGGAGGUGCUGUGAUUGCGGCGACGACAGACUUAACCUUCAGCGUGUAUGGCUACGCCGCGGUAUUGGGCAAUGAUUUUCUGACGGCGUUGUACCUCAUCCUGGUCAAGAACACGCCUUCAACAGCCGGCUUGACCACCACUGGGCUGCUGUUUUACAAUGCAGCGCUCUCCCUGCCUCUCCUGGCGGUGGCAGUGGCUGUGUCGCCGGAGCCCGCUGGGUUUCUAUCGUACCCUGAUGCUGCCAGCAGAGGCUUCCGGGUCACGCUUAUGCUGAGCUGCGUGUUGGGGUUGACGAUUAACCACUCAACUUUCAUUUGCACCCGCUACAACGAUCCUCUCACGACCAGCGUGGCGGGAAGCCUGAAGAACAUCAUCAUGACCCUGAUUGGCGCUGUCUCAUUCGGCGACUUUGUAUAUGCCAAAUGGAACGUGGUUGGGCUGGGGGUGAGCAUGGCGGGGGCCAUUUGGUAUGCCACACGGGCGGCCAUAAAGGCAAGGAAGAGGGGGUUGGCGCAGCAGCUGAUGAUGAGGGACCCUUCAAAGAGCGGGCCUUUAAUAGGGAGAGAUCGGCUGAGUGCGUUGAGGGCAACAGAGGCUGCCAGGAACGGCGUACAGGCCGGUGCAUCAGCCAGUCAGAGCACUGCAGCCUCGCCCAGCAAUAACACCAGCGCUCCCUUGGUGACCAAGCGGGUGGAAAAUGUUUAGGGAAUGAACUCUUUCAGGACUAUCACACUGACAUGACCGAGGUUGCUGCCCUUAUCCUACCUGGGAUGUUGACAUCACAGCAGGAACGUGCAGCUCUCAACUAACUCUGGGGGGUGCUUAGACUGUACAAUGCACAGUCUAUGUACAGUGCGCAUGUGUUCAAUAAGCGCUGCUUAAUUUUGCAAGGCAUCCAUUAAUAUUCUGGCAUUAAUGAGGAUUUCAGAACGUUCAAACUAUUCAGGGGAUGGCAACAAGCUGCUUGUUGAGUGGAAUGUCAAUGACCAAAAGUGUAAUUCUCAAAGCUGGCAU